ACCGACGAUUCCGAUUUGUCAAAUUAUUUACUUGAAAAGGCAACUAAUGGAAAAAACAAAAGGGAAGAAAAAGAAACUCGAAAAAAAGUUUUUGAUCCGUACAAAAAUUCGAAUGAAUCGACAUCUACUACAAAAUUAUCUCAAUCGCGUCAUGGUUCGAAUGAUUUAGAAAAUGAUAAUAAUAAAAGAAAACGAAUUUUUUCCCCAACGUGUUCGUCGCAAAAAAAGAAAGAAAAUUUCUCGAAACCUAUAUUCAAUGACAUCACAGAUAACACCAAGAUAAGAAAUGAUUUUUCAUUCGUAAAUAAUGUUAACGAAAGAAAUGACGAAAUGUUGAAAGAUUUUGACAAAGAAAUCAAAAAAUCGAUCGAUCGUGCUGUGGAUAUAGACAGUAUUUCGGAUAUGUUUGAGAAUUUUGAUGAAAAUGUAAUAAAAAAGAGUGAAAAUAUUAAUGAAGAAAAAAAUGAUUUGAAGUUGGAAAAACAAGAAAACGUGGAAAUUUUGAAAAAUAAUUUUAAUCGUCAAGAUGUUAAUCAUGAAACGGAUAACAAAACGUUAUUUGAAAGGAGAAAGGGCACUUCGAGAAGUGCCGAUCUCGAUAAAAUGAAAUAUCGUGACAAUAUGGCGAAACGUAACGUUAAUAAAAAUUCGAUGAAAUCGGAUAAAAAUAAUUUUGCGACAUCAAAAAUUCAAGAUAACGAUAAUAAUAUCGAGAGGGAAAAUUUUAAUAAUAAAAAUAAUAAAACGAAGUCGAGAGUUUUACCGAAAAGUGCAGGCUCGUUUUCUCGACGAAAGGAAGAUAUUCAAAAAGAAAAAAUCGAAUUGAAAAAGGAAAUAAACAUGGCGUUCUCUUUCGACGAUAAUUCCGAUGCGUCGAAAAAAUUGAAAAAGAAUAUCAAGGAAAAAUCACCGACUAGAAAUCAAAUUUCUGGAUAUUCUUUAUCAAAAUCUGUUAGAGAAGAAAAGGAAAAUGACAAAGCGGGUAUUCAAAGAAAAGAUUUAGAAAAUAUCGGCGCCAUUUUUAUAUCCUCAGCUAUGAAAAACUCUAAAAGAUGGUCGAAUUCAAAGACGACCGAUAAGGAGGGUAAAAAUCUCCAAAGCAAUAACGAUCUGAAAAAUAAAUCUGAUCAAUUAGAAAGUAACAAGAUUGAAGAAGCUAACAGCAAUGAAACAUCAUCUUUUUCAAAAAUUCAUUCGACGAUUUCAAAUCUUUUAAAAUUAUCGGAUAAAACGGAAAAAUCGAUGAGAUCAAGAAUACCGAUCGCGAUUUCUCGAUUGAAAAAGGAAUUAGGAGACAAUUUUGAUAUUUCUAAAUUAGAAAAUCGUAGAAGAUCGAGAUCGAGAUCGAAAGUGGUCAUUAGAGAAAAUAAUCGAUUGAAAGAUAACAAAAUUGACGAAUCAACGUCGACUGCUAUAAUUUUGGUCGACAAAUCGGAUUGCACGAGAGACGAUGAUAAUGAAGAAAACGAUCGAGAAAAAUCUAGAUCGAAUUCGUCGAAUAGAAAAUUCGAAGGAGCUCGUAAAAAGAAAAUGGACGUUGAAUUGAAAGUUUUCAAAAUGGCAAAAGCUGAAAAAGAGGAAAGGAGAAAAGAAUUUGAGAAAUGUGGUUUACGUGAGCCAGUGAAGAAACUGAAAAAUGGAUCUCAGGAAAUGAUCGAUAUUGCUGUUACGAUACUUGAAAGGAAAUCGGAAGGGGUAAAAACAUCUUCGAAUUCUGACGAUAAACAUCUUGAAAACGUUCAUGCGAAUCAGGAAGAAGGUUAUUCGAAACCUUAUUCUUUGAGAAGCGGCAUAUAUUCCAGAUACUUUCCUAAUCUUUCAUCCAAAACUUAUCGAACUUAAUUUUUUUUUCGUUAUUUUUAUAGUAUCACAAAUAUAUACAAAAAAUCAUACUAUC